AUGGAUGGGGGAGGGGGGCGCAGUCGGAAGGGCACGGGGCAGGGUGAAGAAACGGCGCAAGCGAUGGAGACGAGCAGCAGUGGGCGAUGGAUCGAGAAAUCGAGCGCGAUCAAGACAAGCGGGGGUGGAGAGUCCCAGACAGGCCAGAAGAGAAAGAAGAAGAAAGAAGUGUCGAUGGACUGGCGAGCAAGAGACCGAGUAAUAGAAGAGAACAGGUUCGCGAUAAGCAAUGAGGCGGAGUUUCGCGUACCGACAGACUACAAGUCAAGCUUCUCUUGGUUCUCUAGUUUGAGGCUAAAAGGAGCCUCUCCACUUGGUUUGACGUGGAAGACGAUGAAGAAGAAGAUUAAUCGCCGUGAUCCCCGUGUCGUCAUCGAGGAAUGUCGCUUGGACGAUCGCUUUGCGGGGUUUCAGUUUGAAUAUUAUGGAGAAAGCAAAUUGGUUCCCUCGUCACUAACGCCGUAUCGUGACCGAUGCCCAAGAAAGGCACUGGGGGGAGAGCUGAGAGCAAAUGGUCCUGAGCUGAAGAUCUACAUGCCUACUGCCUGUGAUAAUGCCGGGGAUGUCACAGAGUCAAUUAAGAUUCAUAUAGUUUGA